ACCGAUUAAUCAUUCUCCUUAUUUUAUUUUACUCAUCAAUCAAACAUUCUUUCUUAGCUUCUCCUUCUCUUUCUCUCGCCGUGUCUCCCUCUUCCCUCUGCAACAUAGACACCAUCAAAACACUCCUAGCAUCCCUAGAAACAUGAAUCCAACCUAGGGUUUUUGAAAAUCAGAGUCCAAUUGCAAGUCCUACAUCCUCCAUUGAAGCCGCGACUUUCCCGGCCAAUUUCUCGUCUAUUCCAGCCAAGGCGAGUUCCUUAGUUUUUCCGCGGACCAGUAACUUUUCAGGCCAUUUUUCGAUCAUAUCCAGCAACCAUUGGGUUUCCAAAUAAGUAUAAUCUUAUUCUACACUUUCCUAGCUUCAUUUUGAUAUAUUAUGGGCAAAAUUUGGUUAAGAAAUGAACCCGUAAUGACCAUUUGAUAUAUCUUAAUAUGACUUAUUUUUAGCUACAUCUUCUGGAACCCGUUUUUAAUCUCACUUUACUUCUUGUAACUAAAAAAUUGUCACUUUACUCCUUAAAAAUCAAAGUUCGCUUCACUUUGCCCUUUUGAACUCGAUUUUGAUUCCAUUUACCCCCUGAAACUUGAAAGUCAUCUCCAUAAAAAUCAAAAUUCACUCCACAUUGACUUAGAUCUAUUAAUUUCUUAUGUCGAUUUGAUAUGAGUGCGCCAGGCUAAUCAAUUUAUUUUUUAUUUUUUUCAUCUCUUUAAUUUCUUUUAAAUUUAAUAUUUUCUGAUUGUUGAACGUUAACGCAUAAUAGAGAUUUAUAAUCAAAUUUAUUGGACUUGUGGCAUUGUCUUAUUAGGUGUUGGGUCCCACAUAUGUUUUUGGAGACGGUAUAUAAGUUUCAGGGAGAACAGAUAGUUCAUAAUUCAAAGUGAAAAGAAUUUUGAGUUACGGAGUAAAAUAGUAAUUUUUGAGUUACAAAGGGUAAAAUGAGAUCAAAAUAAAGUUUUAAGGGGCAUAACCAAAAUAAGCCUCUUAAUAUUAACAAUGGACAAUUUCCUGCUGCUUAAAGCCCUGCAGCUGUACAACCAGUACCAGCAAUACAAAUGGUACAACUAGUACCUGCUAGGCUACUACAAAUUCAUUUGGAAUGCUCCCUCCAGUGCCUCAGAUGUCAAUUGGUUGCGGUGGAACAAUUCCAUAUGGAAUUUCGAGCAUACCUGUUGUUAGGUUUGGCAUUCAUGUCGUGUUUUCCAUAUGUUUAUGUUAGAUUUGGCAUUCCAUAUGGAAUUUCGAGCAUGCCUGCGGUGGAACAAUUCCAUAUGGAAUUUCGAGACGCCGUUAUGUGUUUUUGCAGAAUCCGGCUCCACCAGAUCGACUCUUUGAGCUGCCCGCCGCCUUCAACGUGUCGCGAGGAUUUCACAACACCACCCUCACCACCACCGGCGAGGGAAGUGUGGAAGCUGGAUAUUAAUAAGAGGAGGAGGAGGAGGAAGAAUGUGAGAGUGGAGGUGCAUCGGUGGGAAGUGACUUCAUCCUCACUAGCUCGGGCAUUUCCUGGGCAACAAAAUAUCUGUCGUAAAGAAAUUGUCAGGUCUACCUACUGUAGACAAACCCGCUCCAACAUGUGUUAGAGUAUCGCAUUUGUUGACCUCUCGACAGCUGACAUAAAGGCGGGUGGUCAGGUUACCUGCAAGAAAGUAUAAUCCUAAGAAUGAUGAUCCAAGGAUCCCUUUCUUUAUUAAUUAGAAGAAGGAGCAGAUGGUUUGUAGCAAUUUAAAUCUUGUUAGAAAGAUUUAUGUGUUCCCAUCCAGUGACCUGGUUUUCACAGAUGAUGUUAUGUAAAAGUAUUCAGAAAUAAAGAGAUGAAUUUGUACUGGUUUUA